AUGGAUGUGCACAACGUCUCCUUCUAUCCGCUCCUGCUUGAUAUUCUGACCGACAUAUCCGAAGCUCAUUUUGUGGCCGUUGACCUCGAGCUCUCCGGUGUGCCUACGAAGCGAGUACGCAGGGAAGUUGGCAAGCCGAGCCUGCAAGAGCGCUACCUAGAGACCAAAGAGGCUGCCGAGCGGUACCAGAUACUGCAGUUCGGUUUCACCUGCGUCCAUCAGGAUGUGGCGAACAACAAGUACAUCCUCAAACCGUACAACGUCGAUCUCAGCCCCCUCAUCCAAGAGCGUGGUCUGGAAGUCGAGCGCAUCUUCUCCUUCCAAUCUGGGGCCGUAGACUUCCUGCUCAAAGUCGGCUUCGACAUAAGCCGACCAUUUUACCACGGCGUGCCUUAUAUCUCUCGCGAUGAGUCACGGGAGGCUCGCGAGAUGCACGCUAAGCGGCAAGAUAAGUCUGCAAUGGCUGACAUUCAGAUCAAGCCUACUGAAACCGAGUCGCUGGCCUUCCUAGACCGCGUCAGGUCGGAAAUCAACGGCUGGCUGCAGUCUAGCAACACUGCGAAAGACGACUACAUCAAUAUCAACCCAAUAGGUGCCGAAGGAGGUAACGAAGACGGCGCUGCUUCCGACGGGCUUAGUCGGUUUGAGAAGCGCCUCGUCCAUCAAUUGGUACGCGCAGAAUAUCCGGACCUCGUAUCUCUGGGCAAAGCCGGCUUCGUCCAGGUCGUACGCUUCAACAAAGAGCGCGAAGACAAGGUCGCGGCAGAUCGAAAACGCGAGCUUAACGAGCGGAUCAACCGUCAGAAAGGCUUCCGGUGGGUUGUCGAGGCUCUUUUGGGCAGCGACAUUACGCGAUUAGAUCUCCGCGAAUGCGCUAGGGAUCCAGUCACUGGCGAGCAGGUCUUCGCCGACAUGGACGAGUUCUCCGCUCAGUUCCACCGCGCUCAGACUCUUCUGCGUGGCAAUCCGCGCGUCAUUGUAGGCCACAACUGCUUUCUCGACCUGGUAUACAUCUAUCGCACCUUCAUCGGACAGUUACCUGACAGCGUUGAGGCUUUUCAGCGUAAAUUGCACGGUCUCUGGCCUACCAUCAUCGACACGAAGUACAUGUCUACCCACAAUUGCGGCGAUAUCAGCCCAGUCUCAUCGCUCGAGCAGAUCGCUGCUCAGCUUAGCGCAGAGAGCGUACCGAAGAUCGAAGUUGAUCCACAGCACGACAAGUACGAAGCCGUAGAAGCAUUCCAUGAGGCCGGCUAUGACAGCUUUCUGACCGCUCAGAUCGCUGUAAAGUUGUCAAGCAAGCUUGAGCGCGAA